AUGGAGAAGGAGCCACAAGCCUCUUCCCCUAUAAAGGCGAUGCCAAUUCGCCACAUACCACCUCAAAGUCACCUCUUGAGCGAACAAGAGAUGUUAAGCCCUCAAGCACCACCACCUUCAUGGGAUAGUCCUCCAAGACCAUCCACUUUGAAGACAAGAAGAAACUUCUUCCUUACCUUGAAGCAGCCGACCUGGAGACGUCUAGCCAAGCCGCAUCACACCAAGAAGAGACACCUUCUAGCCACACCAGAAGAGGAGAUUAACCCUGAGCUGAUCGAGUUCGUGAAGAGAGAUCAAUUCCAUGAUCUGUUUUCAGAGUAUGCGCUGGAGCACAUAGAUCACUUUGACAAUCCUUUGUGA